UGCUUACAGAUGCAUCAUAAGCCAAAUUUGUGAACCAUAAGAAUGGUACUGAAUUGCUAAACACAAGAAAUUGCGUAGACAGUUGGUUUAGUAUCUGUAUGUGGGCAAUACUCUGUCCUGCACUGGGCAUCAGAAUGUCGGCGGAAGCACCUAUCACCCUGAAUAUUGACCCUGAGGAUCUGCAGGUCCAAACAUUCACUGUAGAGAAACUACUGGAGCCUCUCAUAAUCCAGGUUACUACACUUGUAAAUUGUCCCCAGAAUCCUUCCAACAGGAAAAAGGGACGUUCAAAAAGAGCCAGAGUCCUUCUAGCUUCUGUAGAGGAAGCAACUUGGAAUUUAUUAGACAAAGGAGAGAAGAUUGCCCAUGAAGCUACAGUUCUAAAGGAAGAACUUACUGCUGCACUGGAGGAAGUUCGAAAAGAGAGUGAAGCCCUGAAGAUAUCAGCUGAGCGAUUUACAGAUGAUCCCUGCUAUUUACCGAAAAGGGAGGCUGUGGUUCAAGCAGCCCGUGCCUUGUUGGUUGCAGUUACAAGACUCCUUAUCUUCGCGGACAUGAUUGAUGUCAUGUGUCUCUUGCAGCAUGUGUCAUCAUUUCAAAGAACAUUUGAAUCUCUUAAAAAUGUUUCCAACAAAUCUGACCUCCAGAAAACCUACCAGAAGCUUGGGAAAGAGCUAGAAAAUUUGGAUUAUUUAGCCUUCAAGCGUCAACAGGACUUAAAAUCCCCAAAUCAGAGGGAUGAAAUUGCAGGGGCCAGGGCCACCUUGAAGGAGAACUCCCCACUCUUACAUUCCAUCUGUUCAGCCUGUUUGGAGCAUUCUGAUGUUGCUUCCUUAGAAGCCAGCAAGAACACAGUUUGUGAAGAGAUCCAGAAUGCCCUCCAUGUCAUUUCAAAUGCUUCUCAAGGCAUCCAGAAUAUGCCGAUGCCAUCAGAACCUCAGGCAGCAACUUUGGGAAGUGCACUUGAUGAGCUAGAGAACUUAAUUGUCCUAAACCCACUCACAGUGACUGAGGAGGAAAUAAGGCCAUCACUAGAAAAACGCCUUGAAGCUAUUAUCAGUGGGGCUGCUUUGUUGGCAGACUCUUCCUGCACAAGGGACUUCCACCGGGAGCGAAUUAUUGCAGAGUGCAAUGCCAUUCGCCAGGCGCUUCAGGACCUGCUUUCAGAGUACAUGAAUAACACUGGAAAAAAGGAAAGGAGCAAUACUCUGAAUGUCGCUAUAGACAAUAUGUGCCAAAAGACCAGAGACCUUCGCAGACAGCUCCGCAAGGCUAUUAUAGAUCAUGUGUCAGACUCUUUCUUGGAUACAACAGUCCCACUUUUGGUUCUCAUCGAAGCUGCUAAGAAUGGCCGGGAGAAGGAAAUAAAAGAAUAUGCUGCAAUAUUUCAUGAGCACACCAGCAGGCUUGUGGAGGUGGCAAAUCUUGCUUGUUCCAUGUCAACAAAUGAAGAUGGAGUCAAAAUUGUAAGAGUUGCAGCCAAUCACUUGGAAACUCUAUGUCCACAGAUUAUUAAUGCUGCACUUGCUUUGGCUGCAAGACCCAAAAGUCAAGUGGUAAAAAACACUAUGGAAAUGUACAAGCGCACCUGGGAAAAUUACAUACAUGUUCUCACUGAAGCUGUAGAUGACAUUACAAGCAUUGAUGACUUCCUUGCUGUGUCUGAAAGCCACAUCCUGGAAGAUGUCAACAAGUGCAUCAUCGCUCUGAGAGAUGAGGAUGCUGAUAAUUUAGACCGGGCUGCAGGUGCUAUCAAAGGUCGAGCAGCAAGAGUAGCUCACAUCGUCACUGGUGAAAUGGACAGUUAUGAAUCAGGGGCUUACACUGAAGGUGUAAUGAGAAAUGUCAACUUCCUUACAAGUACUGUCAUUCCGGAGUUUGUAACACAAGUGAAUGUCGCUUUGGAAGCCUUAAGCAAGAAUUCAUUGAAUGUGUUUGAUGAUAAUCAAUUUGUAGACAUCUCCAAGAAGAUCUAUGAUACUGUUCAUGAUAUCAGAUGUUCAGUCAUGAUGAUUCGGACCCCAGAGGAGCUGGAGGAUAUUUCUGACCUGGAAGAAGAUCAUGAGGUCCGGAGCCACACCAGUAUUCAGACUGAAGGGAAAACUGACCGGGCUAAGAUGACUCAACUGCCUGAGGCAGAAAAGGAAAAGAUUGCUGAGCAAGUUGCUGAUUUCAAGAAAGUAAAGAGCAAGCUGGACGCUGAGAUUGAGAUCUGGGAUGACACGAGCAACGAUAUCAUUGUUCUCGCCAAGAAGAUGUGCAUGAUCAUGAUGGAGAUGACAGACUUCACCAGGGGUAAAGGCCCAUUAAAACAUACAACAGAUGUGAUCUAUGCAGCUAAACUGAUAUCAGAAUCAGGAUCAAGAAUGGAUGUUCUCGCUCGGCAGAUAGCUAACCAGUGUCCAGAUCCAUCGUGCAAACAGGACUUGCUGGCCUAUCUUGAACAGAUUAAAUUCUAUUCUCACCAACUGAAAAUCUGCAGUCAAGUGAAAGCUGAGAUCCAGAAUCUAGGGGGAGAACUUAUCAUGUCUGCUUUGGACAGUGUCACCUCCCUGAUCCAAGCAGCCAAAAAUCUAAUGAAUGCAGUAGUGCAAACAGUGAAAAUGUCUUACAUAGCCUCCACUAAGAUCAUCCGGAUCCAGAGUCCUGCUGGACCACGCCACCCAGUCGUUAUGUGGAGGAUGAAGGCUCCAGCAAAGAAACCCUUGAUUAAAAGAGAGAAGCCAGAAGAGACAUACGCAGCUGUCAGACGAGGCUCUGCAAAGAAGAAAAUCCAUCCUGUGCAAGUGAUGAGUGAAUUUAGAGGAAGACAAGUCUACUGAUAGCACUGUUCUACCCUAGUGCAUAUAUUAUAUAAAAAAAAAUCCCUGGCUAACCACACUGCUUUAUCUUUUAUCAUUGCUUAGUUUUGUAAUUAUGUCUGAUUUCAGUGUGAAUGCAAAUAUAAUGUAACACAUUGGGGACUAAGCCUAUGUAGUAGGCAAGGUGUAUUUGGGAUCUGGUCAUUGUCAUGUUCUUCACAGCAAUAGCAAUCUAUAUUUGCUUGUUGAAUGAGGGGAUCUUUCAUGUGUCAUUUAGCUUGUCUAUUACAGGGAAUUACUUGUAUCAAUUAUCAAACCAAAACAAGCGAUACAGUGGGCCUGGUUAUCUACCAUAGUUUGAAGACAUUCACUGUUUUUAUUGUGAAUGAAAAUACUGAUGUGAGCUCUUGACUUUAUAAAAUCAUUUUCAUACUUUGUUUAUACAACCUUUUCUGACACUGAACCUGGGAGAAGUAUGUAAUUUUUCCCAUAAGAAAAAGCUUCACCAUUGUCUAAAUUAAACACAUUUGGGCAAUUAAGCCACUCACAGGACUGUUGAGGUCAGCCUUUCUCUUUCCAAAUUGCUUUGUGACACUAAAAAUGUUUCAGUGAGCUUUGAUGCCGCAUGUAUACAUAACUUUUGGGUUCCAUUGUGUUCAGCAGAUUCUUGACUUUUUAGUCCAGGCCCAUGAGAAUACAUAUGUAGAAGAGUUGUAACCUUUUAGGAAAAUGAGACAUUGAACUGUAUCCCAGUGUGAGUAUAUUAGAACCGAAGUCAAGGAGUUCUGCAUGACUCUAUGAAUCCAUUUAUAUCUGUUUGCAAUUACAAUUAAAAGGAAAGGCCAGCUUGAAAGACCUUUGGCAUUGAGUAAAAUAUAACUCUGUGAAUUGUACCAUUGAACUAUAAAGCAGAGUUAAUGGCAAUGAAGCCAGACUGAUUUUAAUAACACUUUUAAAUAAAAGUCAUUGGGGUCCUUUUAUAACUCCAGUAACUGCUCAUCUAUAGUUGAGUUCAUAAUGGACUUUGUAAUAG